UAGAUGCAAAGAGAAGAAGCCCUAAGACGAGACAAAAGGUGCCUCGCCAAUCGCCACAGACGCCACAAAUUUGUAAAACCACGAAUUAAAUGGUAACCAAGAACUGGAAGACCUUAGACUGUUGAGUUUCAAUCUUCUAGAAUCGAUUUCUUUCUCCUCAUCUCUAUCAAUUAAUUCCCAAUUCAGAUCUUGAACAAUCACAAAUAUGGCUUCCUCUCUCAGAACGACAGCCACCAUUCUGCUCAACAGAGUUUCACAAUCCGCUUUUUCCACAUUUUCAGCCAAACGGAUUUGCUUAGCGUUUCUGAGAAACUCGCCUUACACAGCUUAUCGUGGAAUCACUAAUGGCAGUUUCCGAUGUGUUGCGGCGUCGGAAUACGGUGAAAUCAGUAGAAAAGCGUCGGCACGUUUAUCUCAGGUGCAACAGCUUCUAUUGGAAGCCGAAGAGCGUUCUUCUUCUGCCGUCAACGAGCCCCCUCCUCCUAAGAUUGGUCUUGAGCAUGUGACUGUAACUUUCGCCAGGAGUGGAGGUCCUGGAGGUCAAAAUGUUAAUAAAGUAAACACCAAGGUAGACAUGCGCUUCAAUGUGAAAAAUGCGACUUGGCUAAGCGAAAGAGUCCGCGAAAAGAUCAUGCAAAUGGAGAAAAAUCGGAUUAAUAAAGAUGGAGAGAUCGUCGUAUCUUCCGCUAAGACUCGGACACAACAGGGUAAUAUUCAAGAUGCCCUAUCAAAGUUACAGGCAUUUAUUGACGCGGCAUCCUAUGUUCCACCACCUCCUUCAGAAGAGCUGAAGAAGAAAAUCGCCAAGCUGUCUGCUAAGUCAGAGGAGAAACGAUUGCAGAACAAAAAAGCGGCAUCACAGAAGAAGGCUUUUCGACGAAGCAAGGAUAGUUGGGACUGAAUUCACGAUAAGAAAUCUCGAGUGCGUUGUCACAUGAAAAAGUGAAAGGUACUUAUUUAUUCUUGUUGAUUAGAAAAUUACCUGGAUUAUUAUGAUCAGUACAUUUCAUCCCGAUCACCGGUGAAAGAAAAAAAAGUUCCCUUCUAGAAGUGAUGGAGUUCAUAAAUAUCUGCUCAUUGUGGUUUGUGGAUAUGAAAAGAAUUAGGUAGGGUUAGUUGAUGGUUUCUUCAUGUAACAUCACAGUUUACAACCGUCCAUUUUGGAAAUGUUGUUUCCAGUUAAAGAAUACAACAGAAUUAUUCGACAUUCUUUUGAUUUAA